AUGGCGCAUGGCCAAGCCACGCGGCGCAAUGAACCGCUUAUUAUGCGUGUCAUUUUUACUUUCCAUACAUUCCAUGAACAUCUGUCAUUUCGUGGCAUUCAUAUAGUGGACUGGGAAACUCAUAAAGACUCUACGGCAACUGCUGAAGGUGGCGAUGUGGCUUAUAUCGGGCAUGGAACACUUCUUAUCGGUAAUGGUGAAAGAACAAAUCGGGCUGGUAUUGAAGGAGUCGAACGCACUGGACUUUUUCUUCGAGUGAUUGCUAUUGAAUUACCGGAAAAUCGUGAUUAUAUGCAUUUGGAUACCGUUAUGAGUUCGGUCGGUCGUCACUCAUUCAUUUGCCUUAGUCAUUUAGCUCAACAGUUGACUGUCUACACAGUACAGACACCAAGAGAAGAAGGUGCCAAGACAGAAUGGCUUUCACAUGGCAGAGAUGUGCGUGAGGCGUUGCGACAUCUCUUGGGUGAUGUUGAAUUGAAAUUUUAUGAUGCGGCUGAUGAAGCUACAUCCAUUGCAGAACAACAUCAGUGUCGUGAUAAUAUGUUGUGCUUGGGAAAUCAAAUUGUAAUUACUUAUGCAGGCGGUGAUCCUAUCAAUGGUAUAAUCCAUCAAAUGGAACACGAUAGACAACGUCCAUGUCGUGUAGAAACAUUUCCCCCAAAAGGCUUGAUUGAAGGAUGUGGUGGUGCUCAUUGUAUGACAAACGCCUUACAUCGUUCGGAUACUUGA